AUGAAAUCAUUUGCUCAACCAAAAACAUUGGUUGAAUUGCUCCCUGACAUAAAUAGUAUUUUAUCCAAGGAUUCUAUACAAACACUCACAGCCAAGAAACAGUCUCGUAACACAAUGGCACUCUCCGGCACUUCUGAAAAUGUUAUUAAACCACUCACAAUCGCUGAAAUGAAGACACAUUUAAAGGCAUUAAAAAGCCCAUCACCUAGAAGAUAUCCAAAUAACUCAAAAAAUCAACCAAAUAACUCUGUUAAGAAAAAGAAUUGGAAUUCAUCUGUGAAAGUAGACAAAACUAUCAGCCACACAGCAAAUGGACAUUUGAAGCACCACCAAGUUAGAAAAACGCUUAACUAUUCUCCAAAGUUCAAAGCCCCUGUUAUUGCAAGAGCUACUAUAAAUUCUGAGACUCCAAAAUUUCGUAAACCUGAACAAAAAGUGAAGAAAACGCUUAAUCUUCAAGGAAAAAGUAGUGUUCGUGUAAACGGCGUUUCUAAUAUUGCUGAGACUCCAACAAUAAAAAAUAAUCCAUCAUAUAAAAAUAGAAUGACUCUUGCCAAUAAAGAGAACUAUUCAUCAAGUCAAGCUAAUAUUAACACAAAAAAUCACACAACACCUAAACUUAAACCACUACUCCUGAAAAAAACUUCAGCAAGUGUACCUGACACACCAUUGUCAAAUAUGUCUUGGAGAUCUAGUUGUGAUGCAAGUUUUCUGCAAACUGAAAAAGCACUUCAAGAUAUUGACGACAAAACUAAGGCCUUAGAAGAAAAAUCGGUAAAAAAUAUAGCAGAAGUAACACAACCAGUGUCUACACCUUUCAAAAAGUAUAGGAAUGUUGAAGAGUUCUUUAAUAACACUAAUGAUUCAGAGAGUUCUGCUCUUUACAAUGAUAACACUAUAAUGUGUUUUGAUAAAGUAAAUGUUUGCAAGGAAACCAGUGCAAAUGACGUCAGUGUGAUAGUUUCUUUAUGUGAAUUGCUUAAUAAGGCAACAGUGAAUAAUUGCGAUAAAAAGACUUCAGAACUUGAUGAUUUACUAAAAGUUCAGAAACAAACUGAACAACAUAUUCAAAUGAUUGGACAUGGUAUUAGAACAUUAACAAAAAUAAAAGAGUCGCAAAUGCAUUCAUUGCAGUGUAUAAGGAAAUUAAUUAAUGAAAAGCGUUGA